AUGCCACCUUCCUCUUCCUUUGAUCCGUCUCUGUACAGCCGUCCACGCCGUUCCUAUGACCCCACGAAGAAUCCGCUGAUCUUCCAACUCCUCGAGUGCGAGGAUGCAUCGAAAGAUAAACCUGCGCUGACAGGAGUAGAAUGGGAUGCAGGCAAUGGAACGUUGAUCCGGUUACACGGGGUUGCGGAGGAUGGUGUCAGCAUAUGUGUCCUCGUGCGUGGAGUCGAGCCAUACCUAUUCUUUCCCGUAUCUCCAACCUUCAGAAACUCCGACAUCCCCCGCCUCGUCUCUGCCCUUCCUAGCGCCUCCCCUCCUCUCUCCGCAACCCUAACAUCCCGCACCCCACUCCUCCACUAUCGACCCAACUCGGAGCUUUACUCCUCUUUCCUCCGUUUGUCAUUCGCCUCCACAACAGCCGCCAACGCUGCGGUUCGGGUCCUCGGGGAGGUGGUGGAGUUGGAACGUGGUAUGUUGGGCGAGAUGAGGAGGGAGGGCUUGUUGUAUGACGCAACGGUUUAUGAGAACGGGUUAGCGCUCACGGAUAGAGUCAUGGUCGAUAUGGGUGUCGUCGGGGCUGGUUGGGUUCGUAUCCCGAACGGGCGAUAUCAAGUUCUCAAGGUGGGAGGCGUGUAUGGAAGGUAUGGGGUGGUUGUCGGGUGUGAGGUUGGUGCUGUGGAGGGGUUGAGUCCUACGAGUGUCAGUGAGGAUGCGGAAGCGAGGACGGAGAGGUGGAGUCAUCUUGCGCCGUUGAGGUGUGCGUGUUUGAGUGCGUUGUUUAUCCCGGCUGGGGUCUCGGGUGCUUCAGCGUCUUCGGUGCCGUCGACGCCGAGAAAGACGAAGGUGACGACGACUACGACGAAAAGCCCGGCGAAGAAGAAGAAGAAGAGAGAUAGUGAUCAUGGGGAGGACGAAGAGGAAGAAGAUUUUGUGGCUGCUAUUACGGUGAUAUUGACGGAGCAAGUUACGGAGGAGGACGGGGGUACCUGUGGUUGUGCAGGUGAUAAGGUCCUGCUACUCACCCACGGAAGCGGCGAUAACGAGAUGAAGAACUUGAAAAUGCCGGGACUGGGUAUCAAGGUUGGCAAAGAACCAGAUGAUCCAUGUGCCACGGACGAUGCGAACGAGGGUCACAUGAACGUCAUCCGGUUCAGUAGCGAAAGAGAGAUGUUACAAGGCCUCCACGACCUCAUCAUAUCCUACGAUCCCGAUAUCCUGACAGGGUACGACCUCGGCGAUACCCUCUCCCUCCUCCUCACCCGCGCAACAGCCUUCAACCUCCCCUCCUUCGCUACCCUAUCCCGUCCAUCCUCCAUCCAGCUCAAACCGAAGACGAGGCAGGUGUAUAGUGCAUCCUGGGUCCGAAGUCAGCGGAGAAUGGUGGGGACGAGUAACCGGGAACAAGUUGAGUUGGGGGUCGUAGGACGGUGGGUAUUGGAUCUGCGGUUGAUUCUGGAGAGGGAGGAGAGGAUGAGGACGUAUUCGUUGCAAGAGGCGUCGGAGAUGAUGCUUGGUCAUAGACUUGAGAGGUUCGGGAAGGUGGUGUUGGGUGAGAUGUGGAGGAAGGGACGAAGGGAGAGGCUUGAGAGGUAUAUUGCGAGAGAGGCGAGGGUUGGGCUUGGGUUGAUGAGGAAGGGACAGGUUGUCGUUAGUGCCGUGGAAAUGGCGAGGGUUUGUGGGAUUAACUUGAAUGAUGUCGUGUCGAAGGGACAGAUGAGGCGGUUGUAUGGACAGUUAUUCCGGUUUUGUGGGGCGAGGGGAAUCGUUGUUCCGAGCGGACAACGGUAUGACUCACAGAUGACCGAGGGACCGGUCAAUUGGAUGCCGAGGGUUGGAUAUGAUAUGGAGAACCCAGUUAUCGUGUUGGAUUUUCGGAGUUUGUAUCCAUCGAUCCUGAUAUCGAGGAAUCUGUGCUAUUCUACACUUCUCGCCUCACCUUCUGAUCUCCCGGAGUCUGAUUAUACCCAGGGCUACGGCCCAACGCGCUGCUUCUUCGCGAAACCUCACGUGAAAGAAGGAAUCGUGCCCCUCAUCCUCAGACAUUUCCUCUCGCAGCGGCGGAAAGUGAAGGAGAUGAUGAACGCCACCGCAGACCCCGUCGUCCGCGCAGUCCUCGAUGGACGACAGAAGAGCUUGAAGGUGGUGGCGAAUGCGAUGUAUGGCUUCACGGGUGCGAAGGAGAGUAAGUUGCAGUGUCUCCCGCUUGCUGAGACGACGAUUGUUACGGGUGGGUUGUUGCUCGAGGAGGCGAAGCGUGUUAUCGAGAGUAAGUUUAAUGUUGAGGGGGAAGGGAAGAGGGUGGAGGUUGUGUAUGGUGAUACCGAUUCGUGUUUUGUGAAGGUGUAUGGGAUGGGUGUUGCUGAGGCGGUGGAGUUUGGGAAGAGGAUGGCGGGGGAGGUUAGUGAAGUCUGGGAUGAUCCCGUGCAAUUGGAGUUCGAGAACGUCCUUUUCCCUUCUUUGUUGGUGAAUCGAAAGAGGUAUGCCGGGCUUUCGUGGACAAAGGCCGAGGAUGCGAAUGGGAUUGAAGUGAAAGGAUUAGAGGCUAACCGGAGGGAUGCGGUACCCUUAAUUGCGGAUCUCAUGGGUGAGGUAUUGAAUAUACUGUUGCAAAGUAAGAAGAGAGGGAGGAAUGACGUUAUCGAGGAGGUGAAGGAGUCUGUGCGAAGCAAUAUAAAGCGGAUAGCAAACGGUGAAUUCGAUAUCGGCAAGUUCAUCAUGACGAAGGGUCUCUGGCUCGGUACCGAAGCAGCUGACUACAAAACAACACAACCGCAUAUCGCAGUCAUCGACAAAAUCCGAAAACGGAAUCCGAGUCGUACAUUCAAAGACGGCGAGCGGAUCCCUUACGUGUUCAUCGCCGCUCCUGCCAACGCGAAGGGCUUCGAAAAAGCCGAGGAUCCGGAAUGGGCGAUGAAAGAAGGCUUGAACGUGGAUUAUGAGUAUUACUUGGAGCAUACGGUACGGAAUCCGUUAAGUAGGAUCUUGGAGUUGUUGAUGGAGAGGAAAGAGGUGGACGAGCUUUUCAAAGUCAAGGUCAAGAGUGUCCCAAAAGUUGGGGGUACGGGUAUGAUGAGUGCGUUCUUGAAAUCUGGGGCGAAAACGUUGGCGAGAUGUGUCGUGUGUGGGGAGCAAGCGAAGAGUGGGAAGAAGCUGUGCUGUGCUCACCAAGGGCAGUCUGUUAAAAUCGGUGAGGGCAAGAGGGAGGCUGUGAAAGCACUUGAGGUGUCGAAGGAAAGGCUUUUCGACAUGUGUCGGGUGUGUCAGGGUGAUGGCCUGGAAGAAGUGAUGUGCACAAAUUUGGAUUGCUCCAUCUACUUUCAACGCAAGAGAGCGCUCGACAAAUACGAGUGUGAGAAGGAGGAUGCAGUCACCUUUUAUCAGGCGCAGGAUUUGUCGUGGUAG